AUGUCCAAUGUUUAUUCAUUUUGGUUAGUACCAUCACAAGAGACUUGUGGGAGGUUAAACAAUGAUAUUGAAACGUUAUCUUCUGAUCUUGGCUUAUCACCAUAUCAACCACAUAUAACAUUAGCCAGUUUCACGUUCCCAUCAGCUGUAAAUAGUGAAUCCAUUUUAAAUAAUGUUAUAUCAUCCUAUGAAGAGCAAGUUAUAAGUCACAGUGUUAUUUUCUCAUUGAACGGUUAUAAAUUGGUAUCACAUCCUGUUGAUUCACAGAAAGCAAUUGUCUUAUUAGUUAAACUAACUAGUGCGCUGUCAGACAUACAAACUAAAACACAAGAUUUUAUUGAUUCUGCAUCACCUGUUUGUAAUGUAUUGGAUUCACCGUUUAUUCCACAUCUCUCAUUUAUACACGACACAAAAAAUUCUCUUAGUGGUCUCCAACGUGACUAUAUUAUUACACACAAACUAACUCGUGAUAAAUACUUUCAUUACGAAUUUGAGAUCGAUAGGUUGUGGCUGAUGGAUACAAGCCACCUUGCUGAUCAUGAACAAUGGAUUUGUAUUAAGAAAUGGUCUUUUCCAAACAGUGCUUACAAUACAUCAUCUAUAAUUAUGAAACCAUUGCCAUCAUUAAAUGUUGAAAAUCUUGGAUUAUCGUAUCAUGAACCGUUUCUUCAACUAUGUUGUAGAUUAGCUGAACAAUCUGUUGCACAUGGAAAUCAUCCAUUUGGUGCUUGCUUGGUCUUAGAUGGUUAUGUUCAAUUGACUGCUGAAAACAGCGUAUUUGUACCAGUUAAAGACGUCACUCGUCAUGCAGAAUUGAAUCUAAUUAGUGCGAGUACCCAACAAUUAACGCCUGAAGAAUUAUCACGCGCUAUUUUAUAUACGAGCUGUGAACCGUGUAUGAUGUGUUGUGGAGCCAUUGUCUGGAGUGGUAUUAAUUUUAUUGUUUAUGCUAUGUCACAUGAGAUGCUAAGUAAAUACGCGGGUGGUAGUGGUUUAAAGUCUGCUCGUUCAUGCCUAAUGACUAGUUGUAACCGUUCAUUUACGAUUAUUGGACCUAUACUAGAAAUGGAAGCAUCCAAAAUACACAAAACGUUUUGGACAGAUAAUAGUCAAACAGAUUCCACUUUAUGA